UUUAGAAUAAAUAAUCUUAUUUGUUGAAAAUAGUGUAAUGACAGUUAAGCAAUUACAAGCUGCCUUUUUCUUUUCUUUUUCACAGGCUGAAGGGUUAGCAUUCUCCCUUCUUUUUUCUUUCUGUUAUUCUAAAGCAUGGAUGAAAACAUUCAAUCUAAAAUGAAUUGCACAUGAAAUUCUAGUCGUAUCUUAGGCAGUGAAUAGAUACAGAAAAUCUUGGCCUGGAGAUGACUGAUCAGAGUAGGGAGGAGACCUUCACAGAACUGUUUGUCUUUUUCAUACUAUUUCACCCACUAAUUGUGGUUCUAGUUUCAGCACAUUAGAAAGUAUACUAAUCAGAAUGCUGUUGUAUAUUGGGCAUCCUAUAGCAAGUGUGAAGCCUGCACAGCAUAGCACAAAAACAGGCUUUAGUGCUAGGCCAUUACUGGAUUAUUAUUAUUUUUUAUCAAACAGUAACUGUGGUCUGAAUUUCUUUUUCCUUGUAACUGCAGCAAACUCUGUAUUUUGUUGUUGUUACAGUAACGUUUAGCCCUCUGCAAAGUUAAAACAGUGAACCUAGAAUACCUCUUAUGCCUAUGUUUGUAGUAUAUGAAGACACAGAAGUGUUGCUGACAUGACAAGCAACCCUCUGUUUGACAAAGGGCAUUGGGAGGUUAGGAGUAGGUUUGGGGAGAGAACAUGGAGCAGUCAGAGUCCUUCUGAAGUGGAAGAGUGUAGAGUAGCUUUGGGUGUCCGAGAGGAAGGUGUAUCUUAGGGCAGGGAAGUGAAGGGGAAGGAGGAAGAGGUGGACAGAAAGAGGAACAUGGAGAGCCAGUGGUGGUAUUGUGGGCAGGGGCUGGAAGGAGCUGCCACGUGGCAGCCACCUUGAGUCCUCCUGUUCCCUUUUACUGUUGUGAAAUAAGCAUGGAGAAGCAGGUUUUACUAUUCAUAAAGCCAUAGUUAAGAAGUAAGAUCAUGAGAGUGCCUUACACCUAACUGCUGGGGAUUCAGUGAGAAUCCUGGCAGUAUCACCAACAUGCAGGCACUUUGCUUUUAGCUGUACAAAAGAUCAGCAAGAUUAGCAGACAGUAAUCAAUACAGGGGAGGUUAUAGAGGCUUUUUUUUUUUUUUUUUUGUAUGGAAAUCUGUCUCAAAGCUGCCCUGAACUAUGCUGGUCAGGUUCAGCUCAGUUCUGUCUGUAGGGUCUGAGGGCACAGUGGGGAAUGUAUGAAUGCUGUCCCUUGUCUGGACUUUCCAUCAUCAUGUCACAGGUUUUGCUGGACUGUCGGCUAUGCAGAGCAUGGUUUGGUGUGUGAGCAGGGGCAGUACAUCCCCUGGGAGAGCUUCGUAUCUGCUGCUGUGCAUUGGUUUCUCACCCAGCAGAGGGCUCCCCUUCUAAGCUAAUGAAAGUCAGGCUUCAUAACUGGUGUAGCAAAGAGCAAAAUGCAUUGAUAAUGUCAGCCCUAGCAUCGCUCAUUUCUUGCAUUAGAUUUUGACAGCAGGACAUACUUUAUAUUUCUCGAUACCAAGUUGAAUGUAUUUGGUAAAACUGAAAUAUGUGGCUUUGUAAGAAUUGUUUACAGAUUAAGGUGUGUUAAUUUAUAUUCAUAUAUAAGUGUAUGCAAACCUGUCAGACUUUUCUGCUUUAUGCAUCAUUUUAUAGAAACAAAUUGGUUAUUGAUAUUGAUAGGUGAGCACUGUGCUUAAGACUGCAAAAAGAAGUAUGGUGUUGCUUUCUGAAAAUGCACAUCUAUUGAUUCAGUGGGCACCGCUCAGUGUGUUGAGAUUUUAAUUUGAAUAAAAGUUAAGAACGGUCAGUUGUGUGAAAAUGCUGUAGUGUGCAUGUAAGAAUUUAUUUUUUUGAAAAUGUGUGUGGUUCCUUCUGCAGGAUGAUUAGACAUUCAUUUUUGCACAAGGCAGAGGAAUAAAAAAAAAAAAAGCCUGGACUUAGGAACAGAGUCUUAUCUUUCAUCUCUACCUGUGUACCCAUGCUUUUUAAAAUGAUAAUCAGUUAAGUGAACCAACUUCGUGUUGUCUUGUCUUCUUUGAAAAUAUGCAUCUGUAUCUUGGCCCUAUAAAACAAAAAGUGUUAUCAAGCUCUUUUGUAAUUUUUAGCAAUAAAUAUGAGACAAAUCAGUUACUAGCAGGAGCUACACUAUUCUUGUGCUGUGGAUGUGCAGUGCCAUGCUUUAAGAAACACUGGUUAUUGUCUUCAUUUGCAGUAGGCUGUCCUUUUAUGAUGGCACUGCUUUAAAUCAUAUGUAUAACUGAUAAUUGUUCAAGUAGGCAAAGGCUAAAAUUUGAAAAGUUGAGUGAUUUUUAUAAGUGAAGUUAAUCUAUGAGCUGUAAAACAUUAAAGUUGUACUGAAGAUUUUUGGGAUUUAACGGUAUAAUGAAGUAUAAGUGAAUUUUGGUAGAUACAGUAUUUUGUAGCAUAGAGGGAUUUGGAUAGGAGGAUUGUUUGUGGGGUGACAAUUUUAGUGCUAUUUGACUGCCAGAAAGACUGCAAAAACAUCUCACGGGGCCCUGCUACCAGAAGUUCUCAAUUGUUUCCAAAAAGUGGGAGGAAAAUACAUCCUCAUCCCCUUCCUCCUUUCUCUAAAUUGAACUCUGUGGUCUGCUGAUUCUCCUCUCACUUUGGCUUUACUUCUUUAUAAAGGUAUAGCUGGCAAAGAAGUUAACUUUCAUGCACAAAACAGAGCAGGCUCUUCAAUUGCUGCUUCAUUCAUUAGGAGGGCAGAUCUCCACCAAACAGUAAAGCAAGGAAGAUAGAUUUGACCUGGACCACUCCCUCUCUGGGCAGUCCCUUUUCCCACCUGCCUGCGUGAAGUGAAUAACCCUGACAUGCUGGCAAAUAACAUGGAUACGGAGAGGUGUUUUCCCUGCUAUUUCCACUUCACAAGAACUGGGUAAAAUACCUCGCAGCUUCAUUCUGAGAGUUUUCAUGCAAUACGUGUAUCUGUGAUCUAGAGCAGGAGGUAAUGCUAUGGUUGCAAGCAGGCUAUUUAGCUUGCACAGGGCUGACCUGUGAAAUGCAGCUCUUUUCAAGGAAGAUUUUGAUUCUGUUUUAUUUUUCUGCAGAAAGCAAGCCACUUCCUGUAGUUAGUUUGUUCUUAGCGUGUCUCUUUGAUACUGCACUCAGCAGCAAGUUGCAGAGUCUAUUUAGGGCCUCUUACAAUGGACUUCUCGCUUACUUAGCUAAAAUGAGAAAGUUAGCCCUGCAUUGACCACUUGUUGGCUGAUGACAACUUUUACUUUGAAUUUGGCUCCCCUCCCCCACCUGAAAUCCCUGGCUCAGCAAAUAUUUGAACCUGCCCAAGUUAAUCAUGAAACUGAGAUCUUUAUCUCUGAGAGACAUGCAAGCUACUGAGGGUGGUGGUUUCUUUUUUUCUUUUUUUUUUUUUAACAGUACUAAAGUCAGGUUCACUUUUUAAUGAUGAACCAGAGUAAGAGGAUACCUUCUGCAAAGCACAGAGCUGAGAAGAAGCAGAAGGCUGGGAUUUUCUCAUUGCAUAUUGCAGAGAUUUUGGUGGAACAGUGGUUGGAAAGCAGAGUCUCGUGUUUCAGAAUUAUCUUCUGCUUCAGAGAAGUUUCCUCAAAGAAGUUUUUUGUUUUGCUUUUUUUUUUAUAAGGAAGAUUUUUAUAAGAGGAAGCCAAUUUUUCAGGUUGUUGGAUUAUCUUUUCAGACUGUAUAAGAAGGGCAAGCAUUUGCGAUGCAUAAUUUACAAAGUAAGUGAUUCUGAAUUUCUUUGUGUUUUCUUCAUCACCUCAUGGAACUAUUUUACUGUAACUGAUUACCAAAUAGGGAUUUAAUAGUCUUAAAAUACGGGAGUGAAGGUCAGGUACCUGUGGGUUAUGCAGGGAAACGCCUGUCUGCCUCCUGUCUUUCCAUGCCCGCGAGUGAGCCUGCCUUGGGCUGAGCUGCAGCCCGUUUCUGCAGCACAGCAGACUCAGUUCAGCCAGAGCUGAAUCCCGGGAGAAGUAAUUUCUCUUGAAAGGCUUCAUUCGACAGAACAAAAAACAUUGCUGAUCCUACAUUUGACCUAAGUGCAGCCAUGUAGUCUUUGCAGGAGCUCUUUGUAACCUAAUUUAAAUAAUUACCUUGGCAACUCUAUGUUUAGGUAGCAGGUGGGCAAACCUCAGAGCACGGUGUCAGGACUUGUGCAUGGGAUGAGUUCAAGUAUCCUGUUUCACUUUGAAAAUGGAAGGAAUCUUUGGAGCAUGUCUACCUAAGCAGGGAGGGGAGUCUGCUUCACAAUGAAUUUAAGCUCGUUAACAUAUAAAGCAAAGCAGCAUGUGUUUUUUGUAGUUGCUGGUACUUCAGACAUGUUCUGAUGUGUUAACGCUUGUGUGAAGGCGGUGGACUGGUGAGGGGAGCAGAGGGAGGGGAGAUGUGUGAAAUGCUUGGAAAGGGUAGAAAUUGUCUUAAUUUUUUAAUGAGUAUUUGUGAGAUAGAGCACGUUUCAGCUGCAGCAGGGUUCCUUAUGAUGAGGUACAGAUAGUUGCUACAGUUACCCUUUGUUGUGGUUAUUUUUGGUAUCUGAUUUUCUGCUGCCAUAGAGGAUAGUGAGGAUGAAGCACUCAGAUUGCUUUCCACAGCACUCUGCUCUGGAAUCAAUAGUCUGUUCUGUGCGUGUUUCCCAAAGAGGUCUGACAGAGCGGCAGUCCAUGAUGGGGGGUUAGAAAGAAUAUUUCUGAGCACCAGGAGUACACGGGAGGUGUAAAGUCAAGUUUGGAAGAAGAUGCUGACAAGGACUCUUGCUUUUAAAAGCAGUUAACUUGGUAUUUCAGUGACAACAGCGUAAAGAAACAGUGUGAAAAGGUAAACUAAAUCCUGCUGUAUCCUGACAGACUGGCGUUCUAUAUUCAGCAAAAUCAUUUUUCAAGAUCUUAACUCAGUUUUUUACAUUAUUCCACAGUGUUGGAGAGCCUGGUGAAUGUAAGGUUACAAUAUUUGAUGUUUAGGUUUCGAAAUGAAUUAGUCCAGAUCAGUUGGAGUUGUAUUUUAUUAUAAAGUGAUAGUGGGGGGAGGCAUCUACUGCAGUGUGUCCACUUUAUCUAGUAAUUCUAGGAGCAUCAGAUCAGCAUGCCCGUUAAAAUACAGAAGUCUGUACAGUUUGAAAAUGUAAUCCGUAUUUCAUUCUGUGGAUACGUACAUGCUAAAGUACGUGUGUGUGUAUUGGGCACAUAACGGAUACUGACACACACAAACACGCAUGCAGAGUCAUGUUCUUAUUCCCUUCCGCAUCAUUAACAUGUACCCUCCAUUAACAUGAAACCCUCCAAAGCCUUUUCAGCAAUAAACUCCAGGCAUCCGAGUAGGAAAAUGAAUCUGAGAAGUGACCUACCUAUCCAUAAACGGAGCUGUGCUGUGUGUGAGCGUGCAUGUGUUGUGUGCGUGCGGUGUGUGAGAGCGACGUGCUGCAGCAUAUCAGCCUUUUGUCAUCCUGCCUGCCUUGGACUGUACCAUGCUGCAAAGUCAGGAAAAUGAAAUGGAUGUGUGGUGUGUGAGGAGAGCCCGCUCUGUCUUUUUGCUUGUAAUACCAGGUUUAUAUUGUAGUUCUGCUAAAUGCGGGUUCCUUCUGAAACUGAAAUUGUUUUAAGAUUAAUGUAGAACAAAAUGAUGAAACAGGAGUGGUCUGGUGACAUUAUUUUGACAUGAUUGGCUGAGGAUUAUGAUGUAAUAGGUUACAGUGCAGCCCCUUAUAGGUUUUAAAAUGAAUUCCAAGGCACCAUUACAAAGAGAGCCUGACUCUUUCCUUGUAUCUGAGCUUACUCAGUGAAACUCAUACAAAUGUACAAUACUGUUUGGAAUAUGGAAGAACUGGAUAUAGAAUAUCCUAAGACAGAUAUAAACUGUGGCACAGACUUGAUGUUUUACAUAGAAAUGGAUCCACCAGCACUGCCUCCUAAGCCACCGAAACCUAAUACUGUAACUAACAACGGCAUGAAUAACAACAUGUCAUUACAAGAUGCUGAAUGGUACUGGGGAGAUAUAUCAAGAGAAGAAGUAAAUGAGAAACUUCGAGACACUGCUGAUGGUACCUUUUUGGUACGAGAUGCUUCAACCAAAAUGCAUGGGGACUACACACUUACUCUAAGGAAAGGAGGAAAUAACAAAUUAAUCAAAAUAUUUCACCGAGAUGGGAAAUACGGCUUUUCUGACCCACUGACUUUCAACUCUGUGGUUGAGCUAAUAAACCACUACCGGAAUGAAUCUCUAGCUCAGUACAAUCCCAAACUUGAUGUGAAAUUACUGUAUCCAGUGUCGAAGUACCAGCAGGAUCAAGUUGUAAAAGAGGAUAGCAUUGAAGCAGUGGGUAAGAAAUUACAUGAGUAUAAUACCCAGUUCCAAGAAAAAAGCCGAGAAUAUGACAGACUCUAUGAAGACUACACACGAACAUCUCAGGAAAUUCAAAUGAAAAGAACUGCUAUUGAAGCAUUUAAUGAAACAAUAAAAAUAUUUGAAGAGCAGUGCCAGACGCAAGAGAGAUACAGUAAGGAAUACAUCGAAAAAUUUAAAAGAGAAGGAAAUGAAAAAGAAAUACAAAGAAUUAUGCACAACUAUGAAAAACUGAAGUCUCGAAUAAGUGAAAUUGUGGACAGCAGGCGUAGAUUAGAAGAGGACUUAAAGAAGCAAGCAGCUGAAUAUAGAGAGAUAGACAAGCGAAUGAACAGCAUUAAGCCAGACCUCAUACAGCUGAGGAAGACAAGAGACCAGUACCUGAUGUGGCUGACUCAAAAAGGUGUUCGGCAAAAGAAGCUGAAUGAAUGGCUUGGAAAUGAAAAUACAGAAGACCAAUACUCUAUGGUGGAUGAUGAUGAAGACUUGCCGCAUCAUGAUGAGAGAACAUGGAAUGUGGGAAAUAUCAAUAGAAGCCAAGCUGAAAAUCUCCUGCGUGGAAAGCGAGAUGGAACAUUCCUUGUUCGAGAGAGCAGCAAACAAGGCUGCUAUGCCUGCUCUGUUGUGGUGGAUGGAGAAGUGAAGCACUGUGUGAUAAACAAAACACCUACUGGGUAUGGAUUUGCAGAGCCAUAUAACUUGUACAACUCUCUCAAAGAACUGGUGCUACAUUAUCAACACACAUCCCUCGUGCAGCACAAUGACUCUCUCAAUGUCACACUAGCCUACCCAGUAUACGCACAGCAGAGGCGAUGAAGAUCUUAAUACUCUGGGUUGUUUGGUUUUUUUCUAAAGAAGAGAUUUGACAACAUUGAGGCCUCUGGAGAGAGAAGGCUCCUUCCAGCCUUACUCAAGAAUUUGAGCUGCAGUGUCAAAGCUGUCUGUCUUCAGAUGGGACUAGAGCUUUCCUUCACAACUGCAGUGGGAGAGAUCACAGUAUUAAGCUGUGAAUGUAUGUUUCUAAUCUGAAGUGCUUUUUUUUUUUCCCUUCCCAAUUGAGAAACAGAAAACACAAGAGUGAGAAAUCCUAACCUGAUCUCCCUGCAGGGACAUAGAGGCCUUUUACCCAUGGUGCUUGUUUACGACCACUUCUGAAGCUUUACCAGCUAGAACAUUGGAUUCUGCAAACACAAGGUUUAAGAGGUCUUUUCAUUCACUUAUUGGAAUUUCUUGGUCACGACCUGGCUGGGAUUUGGUGUUGCCACACUCAGUGGAUCCAGACACACAGCAUUGUGGAUUUUUUGGUUUCUGGUGAAUGACAUGUAGCAGAAUGGCACUUUCAUUUAUAAGGGACACUUUAAAGGACUUCAGUUACAGUAUGCUGUUAAAAGAGAUCAUGAUAGUGAAGUGCCAGAAAGUGUUUUGCUUAGAUGCUUAAAAAUCCUGUUUUAAGAAAACAGGUCUUUCAUUGGCAUACAGUCUAUAAUAGUGUACAUAGUAUUGGAUGGCUAACUAUCGUUGAUGGAAACUAUCAAUACCAAACUGCUUCUCUUUUCCCGUUUCUGUUUGCUGAAAGCUGAAUUCUUAGACCGUGCUAUGCAAUACUGAAUUUUCUUUAGGCUGUAGUCUUCUCUUGAGCAUGUCUACAGGUUAAGCUUGUUUUUCUUUCUUUUUUCCUUGCUUUCUUUUUACUUUCUUUUUUUGCCUGAUGAUAUUUUUUUUUUUUAAUGUACAGGAAGCCACCAAGAGUUGGCUUCAUAAUUAAAACUAUGAAAUAUUUUACAGUUGUCUUUGUACAGAAUAUUGAGCUACUAGCUCCACGUUUUAAAAGUUCAUAAUUUUUUUUUUUUUUGACUAAAUAUUUUGUUGGGCAGUGCCUGAUAAGCUUCAAAGCUGCUUUACUCAAUAAAAAAGAUAUGAACCUUACAAAAUAUCAUGGACUCCAACAAUAUCGUUUCAGAGACAUCUUUAGAAUACGGUACCACGCUAUGUUUGCUUUUUGAAGCAUUCUGAACUUCUGUCAUGAUUGUCUUUGUAUUUAGAAGAUAAAAAAUUGUGUAUCUUUCUCUGAUAAUGACUGCAGAAAAACAGGAAAAUUUGGCUACUGGGUUAGAUAGGUUGGAUUUCAGAAUGAAAUCAUGCUUCAUAGUAAAUAAAUGACAUCUUGAUCUACUGCGGCAGAAUUCUUGUCAGCAUAUCAAGCUAUUUUCAUUUCACAUGAAGGAAGUUUCUCUAAACUGUUGCCGAAGUUUGUUUUUUCGUAUUCUGAAAAAGGUUCCCAUCUUUAGGUAGAACAAUCAGAUACAACAUAGAGCGAAUUACAACUGGAAAACCUCUGUUUUGACAAUGAUAAGGCUUUCCUAAUUAACGCUUUGGAUUUGUUUUCAUAACUUUGUAGACUGAGGUAAUAUCAAAGUGAACACUUUCAUAAUUUCAAGCUCCAGAGAUUUUCAGAGUUAUGGUUCAGUUAAAGGAAAUUUAAAAAAUUCCACUAAAGUAAACUUGUUAGUAAUUCUGGGGCAAUUCACUGUGGAUGGUUUGCGAUGGCCGUGUUUUGCCAUCGAGUUGUCUCAUGAUAGCUCUGCUUUAGAGAUACAUGUGGUUUGAUUCCAAGUACGCAGUGCUUCUUAAGCUAUUGGAAAUAAUAAGAAAUUUCCAGGUCUCCAGUAGUUUUUAUAUUGUCUUCUAUUUUUUACAUUAUCCCUUCAUUUAUGAGGCUGUAAAUCUUUUAAUCUUAUUUGGAUUUUGUGCUUUUUUUGGUAGGUUGUCUUUGCUUUCCUAUAGAUGUAUUUUCUUGCUAGAAUCUAUAUCGGGAAACAAGAUUCAACCAAUAUUCAUGUGUCGGGAUAGUUACCACUUGCAAAAUUAUUCUGAUUUUUUUUUUUUUUUCUGAAUAGAAUUUUAGUCUCCAUGCCUUCCCUUCUGCAUUCCACUCUCUUUUAAGGCUUCUCAGAAUAGAACCAUGUAAAUUUGGUAUUGUAAUAACUGUUGUUUUACUAUGAAAAACACCAACAAUUGCUCUAGCAUGACAGUCAUACUACUGGGCUUGAAGUUACAAAUUAGCUCCAUACACAACUUAACACUUGUAGCAAUCCAAGGUAUUCUUCAGACAUAUAUUAAUUUUUGAAUGUUAAAUAUUUUAUGAGUAAAAUUGUAUUUUUUUCUCUAUAAGCAAAAUAUAUGUAAUCUGAAUGGAUGUUUCACUUUGUAUUUCUCAAGAAAUUUCAUGGGAGUUAAGGCAUUUGGAUCUGAUUUUCCUCAUAUUAAGUAAACCUCUGCUGUGUCAGUGGGCCAUAUCCUUAGCAUGCCCAGCCCAGUAAGGGAUGUCAUUUGUUCCUGUUGUGCUGUACUACUUCACUUCAUCUGUGGUUCUAGCAGAGAAAAAAUAGUGUGCGUGCAAAUUUGGCACUUGCUUUUAUUGCACAAGCAACAAUGAGAAAUAAGCACUAUAUUGUGGGGAUAAAUGCUUAGGGCUUCGUUAAGGGAAGUUCUGCCUACACAGGGUCUGUGCAAUUCACAAGGAUCACUUGCGCCCUCAAAGUGGGCAUGAGUGGGAUUACUUUGGUACCUAGGUAAUUGUGUGGCCUCUGUAUUUCCCUCCCUCCUUAAUGCAUGGAGCUGCAUCCUGCCAAAGGCCCUAUUCACUGCAGAGUUUGUCCUUAAUAUACCAUACUGUUCACUCCAGUUUUGAUUUGAUCUCAGACUAAUAAACUGAAGAAAAGGAAAAAAAAAAAGCAUGUGGAUAUAACUGAAGAAACACAUUGCUUUUGUGUUUCUAUUGACGUGUACUUUUUCCACCUGAUAUGACUGAAAGGUGGGAGUCGUUUUGGUUCUUUUUUUUUCUGGUUGUUCGGGGAAUUUUUAAUUUCAUUUUAAAUCCCUGAAUUAUGCUGCACUGCAGCAGCGGUUGUGCAAGGCUUUUGAAAGGUAUGAGGCAAAACACAGAGAACCAACACCCACAAGCAAAAUUAGGAGUUUCUGUUUGGGGAUAUUGCAUGUGUGCAUCUUGUGCAUAUGCGCACACACUUGCUGUGUUUAUAUAUGAAUAGAUCUCAGUAUAGGUGCAUUUUCACCAAAUGUGAUCAUUUUGCUGAAUUCAGUAAGUGAUAUCAUUAAUUUUGUGUAAGACACAAACGCACUAGACCUUUGUGGGUGCAGCAUGUUUCCAAAUGCAGUUUCUGUGUUGUUGUUUUUUCUAAAAAAAAAAAGCUUGUCUGUAUAGUUCAGUUAUCUAAAAAAUCUUGUCAAAAAAUCUGUAAACCAAAUCUUCAAAUUUUCUAUUUGGUGUCAGCUGUUCUGUAGUAAAGAAAUGGCUUUGUCUUGUAAUUGGCAAUGAAAUAAUAAUGCUUGGGAAAACAUGCAGAUGCUUCUAAUGGGGAAAACUUAUGCCGAUUUUCACACAGUGCUUUUGCUAUGCAUGGUAUUAAGUUGGGAAAGUGAAUCCUGGUAGUAUUUUUUUCAGGGUCACUUUUAGAAAUGGGCAGCUCAAAACACAAUGCCUCCCAUAGGACGGGGUUCCAAAAUGCAACAUUUUGUGUAGAAUCGUGUUGUGUUUGCUGAGCGGAAAGCUAAAGUAGACUGGGGGAGUUGGUUAUGUUACAUUGCGCUUGUCCUAAUGAGAUUGCAUUAGCUGCCCAAGAUGCUGCUAUUUUUUUUUUUAUUCUUGUUUUUAAAAAUAAAGCUCUGUUCUGUUAAAUGUCUUUAAAACAUUAAGAUUGCUUUGUUUUAAAAUGGUCUUCAAGGAGGUGGAGGGUAAAGUGGGUUGUAAAUUGCCUUCACAAGGCAACAGUGAAAACAUGCCUCCUUGAAAUUCUGUUCAAGCUGUAGAGUUGAUGGAGCUGUGUCUUGUUUUUAAGUUGCUUUAAAAAUUGUAAUAAGUCUUCAAGCAGAAUAAAAGUUGUUUUGAAAAAGCA